CACUUCCACUAACUGUAAAAAACUCUGACCAAAAAACUCAAAACAAACAGAACAAAAAAUGGAAGGAAACAAAUGAAAAACUCAAUGUCAGUACAGAAAACAUAUGAAGAAAGGAACUUUUUAUUCCAAGUAAUCAUAAUAAAAAGCACACAUCAUGCUUUCUAAUGUCUCUACAUUUUUACAUUUUUAAUACUUACACUGCCCCUAUGGGGUAGGUACUAUGAUUGCCACAUGUUACACAUACAGGACUGUAUGUUGAGAAGCAGAGAAACUGGAAUCUGAAUCCAAGAUGUGCCAGUCCAGAGUCCACGUUCUUGACACUACAUUGCCUCAUAGUCAACUUGAUCCCAAUCAACUGAUGAAGGCAACUGAGGAGUGUCUUAAGCAUGAGAGCCUCUCAGAGAGUGUGUUCUACAUCUAGCUAGCAUUCAUGUCUGAAGUCAAAUGUCCCAUCAGGGGGUCCUGUGGCAUAAAUAUAGUUAUUGAUUCUAGCAACAUAAGGGUGUCUCCCAGAUGUCUAUUAAGGCCUCUGUAAAGACUCAGAGUGUUACAUGUGUUAUGCAUGAUCACUGUGCCUUAGCAAUAGGUCAUUAUCAGAUGAUCCCAAUCCUGAAAAAGGCUUCAAGUGAACCCUGAGGGUCUCACUUCCUUUUAGACAAAGAGAGUUAUGCUAAAAAAAAAAAAAAGAAAAAAAAGAAAUACUGUUGUUGCUUUCCUAAGUAUGAUUUAGUACCCAUUCGACUAAGAUUUUACCAGAUUGGAGAUGAUAUUACAUUUCAUUUUCUGUAAUGGUAGGUGGCUGCCUGAGGUUCCUGGGUUGAGAAUGAUUCUGAGGCCACAUCCAGGUUCAGGGUAAAUGAAGGAGUGUUGUGCUCAAAUAGAAGCAUAGGCAUGUACACUGGGUAUUUCCAUCCCUAUCCUAGAUACAAGGUCCAUUGCCUUCAUGGGAGAUCUUGGCAGAAGGAGUAUGAUGGGUAGGGAUAACAUCCUUUAUGGGGAAUCAAAUAAUUCAUAUUUUGCAUUGAUUCUGUCUUAGUUAUUAUGUCCUUAGCCUUGCUCAACUGCUUGCAAUAUAUUGGUUAGAAAGAGGGAAGAAAGGACAGGAGAGGAAGGACAUUUUACCUAAUGCAUUAGCAUUACAGUGUGUGCUUCAAACUGAAUGUGACUUAUUUGUAGUUGGGUGAGUCUUUUUCUCCUGGGCCAGGAGAUGCUUUCUCAACAGGAUAUAUGGAGGAGUAGUAAUUUCAGGGGUUCAUUUCUCUCUUAUACCCUCCCUACUAAUGUGAAAAUAACAUUGUUUCACUCUAAGGAAAGUCAGAUUCUACUAUAUUAUUAAUCCCUGUCACUGUAUUUUUAGGAGGUCACCCAUCAGGAUCCUGCAAGCUCUCUCCUCAUGCCUGUGUCACACUGGCUUCAUGGCAGAUAAUAACCACUCUCACUUCCAACACCCUUACUUUGUCUUAACGGGAAUUCCAGGGCUUGAACAAAAGUAUUACUGGAUAGCAUUCCCACUGGGUGCUAUAUAUGUCAUUGCCCUCUUUGGCAAUGGUGUUAUCAUCUCUACCAUCAAGUCUGAAUCAUCCCUGCAUAUCCCCAUGUACUAUUUUCUCUGCAUGUUGGCACUGGCAGACAUGGGACUUACCCUCUGUACUCUGCCCUCUAUGCUAGGCAUAUUCUGGUUUAACUAUAAGUCCAUUGCCUUUGAUUCCUGCCUUGUUCAGAUGUACUUCAUUCACACCUUCUCAGCCAUUGAAUCUGGUGUACUGGUGGCCAUGGCCUUUGAUCGGGUUGUAGCCAUCUGGAACCCCCUCAGGUAUGGGACCAUCAUAACCAAUGGUGUGGUCUGCAGAGCUGGGACAGUCAUCUUGACAAGGGCAGUCUGUGUGGUCUUCCCUGUGCCUUUCCUCAUCAAGCGACUUCCCUUCUACCACUCCAACAUCCUCUCCCACUCCUUCUGCCUUCACCAAGAUGUCAUGCGCCUUGCCUGUGCCAGCACUCGUAUCAACAGUCUCUAUGGCCUUAUUGCUGUCAUCUUCACCAAGGGUUCUGACUCCCUCUCUAUCCUCCUCUCCUAUGUGUUCAUACUCCGAGCGGUAAUGGCCAUUGCCUCAGGGGAGGGCCGGCUGAAAGCACUCAACACCUGUGUUUCACAUAUCUGUGCUGUACUCAUCUUCUAUGUUCCACUCAUUGGGCUGUCUGUCAUCCAUCGUUUUGGAAAGCAUCUUUCACCACUGACUCAUGUCCUCAUGGCUAAUGCCUACCUUCUUGUACCCCCUGUGCUAAACCCUAUAGUCUAUACCAUGAAGACCAAGGAGAUGAGAAAGAAAAUAAUUCAAAUAUUUGUUCAAACCAAGAUCACUGCAGAGGGUUAGGGUCAACCAGUUUGAAAGAAGAAGAAUCUAUUCUGUAAAGGCUCAAUUAUGACUAUGAGAAAUAAAGGUUUAUAUUUUUCAUGUUUUCUGUGUGAUUUGAAUUGGGCAAAGAGGGAUUUCCCUGCACUCAAAGUAUACUUUCCUUUUCCU